AUGAAGCUUUCUGCUUUUUAUCCUCUCCCUCUAUAUCUCUUUCUCGCUCUAUAUCUUUCUCUCUCUCUCUCUCUUUCUUCCUCUCUAUAUCUCUUUCUUUUUCUGUCUCUCUCUACAUCUCUCUCUAUCUCUGUCUCUUUCAAUAUCUUUCUCUCUCUCUCUCUUUCUUUCUUCCUCUCUAUAUCUCUUUCCCUUUCUGUCUCUCUCUACUUCUCUCUCUAUCUCUGUCUCUCUCUAUAUAUUUCUCUCUCUAUCUCUUUCUCUAUCUUUUUCUUUCUAUAUCUUAUUCUCUCUCUCUCUCAAUCUAUCUCUUUUUGUCGCUAUCUCUUUCUCUCUCCCUAUCUCUUUCUCUUUUUCUCUCUCUCUCUCUCUCGAUCUUUCUCUCUCUCGAUCUCUCUCUCUCGAUCUCUCUAUCUGUAUAUAUUUCUCUCUCUGUCUCUUUCACUCUCUAUCUCUCUCUUUUUCUCACUCUUUCUCUCUCUCUGUCUUUUUCUCUAUAUCUACCUCUUUUUGUCGUUAUUUCUUUCUCUCUCUCCCUAUCUCUUUCUCUCUAUAUCUCUUUCCCUCUUCCUCUCUCUCUCGAUCUCUCUAUCUGUAUAUAUUUAUCUCUCUGUCUCUAUCUCUCUCUCUUUUUCUCUCUCUUUCUCUCUCUCUGUCUUUUUCUCUCUAUCUGUCUCUUUCUGUCGCUAUCACUUUUUCUCUCUAUCCACCGAUUUUCACAUACGCACAUAA